AUUACAAGUCAAAGCCGACAGAAUGGUUGGACCCUUUGUGCAGGGUAUGCUAUUGAUUGGCAUCAUCUAUUGGUACUCCAAGGGCAUGAUGUCCAUGAUCAACGACUACUAUCGCAGCGAAUUUAACCGCAAACUGCAAGCGAAUGCCGCCCCGAAGCCAAAGGCAGAAGUCCCCAUCAAUGUGGACAACUUUAUGGAUUAUGUAAGGGAACUGGAGACUCCCAAUGAGACGAGAGCCGAUCAGAUGAUAGCCGCUGGUUCCCCUCCAGCACUCGGCACAGAAUACUCGCAAAUACUGCUGCGCUUCCUUCAGAUCACUGGGACUCUGCCAGCCUACGAUGUUUGUCUAAAUAGUUCCAUAAGUUAGCUAACAAAAUAUUACUUAAUAUAUUUAGAUUUUACAGCACUUUCGUAGACUAAAAUAAAAUAUUUCAACCACAAGAGCUGGGAA